GAUUAAUUAGUGGAUAUUUAACAUGAUCUCUAUCCGCAGGUUCCAAAAGGUUUGGUAACGAAAGGAGGAGAAGGACUGAACAAGGGGAACAUAUACAGAGCCAAGACAAGCUCACAUGCUGUGUUUAACGAAUACUGUGAGCAAUUCAAAAGGGACUGCACUGUCUUUCUGAGGUCUCGAGCACAAGAGCUGGUCUCGGGAGGUAGUAUGGUCCUCACAACCAUGGGCAGCAUACGGAGCAAUGAUCCCCUCAGCAUUUGGGAAUUUGUCGGACUAAAACUCCAUGACAUGGUUUUAGAUGGUUUGAUUGAAGAGAAAAAAUUGGACACAUUUAAUAUGCCAUACUAUGCGUCAACAGCGGAUGAGGUGAAAGAGGUGAUUGAGGCUGAAGGUUCUUUUAUUUUACAAAACCUCGAAACUUUUAGAAAUGACUGGGACUGUUACAUAAAACAAGUUAACUGUGGCUUUGACAAGAAAGUGAGGGCAGCAAUAAUAUUCAUUGACAUAAGAGCUGUGGGAGAGCCUAUUCUCUGGCCAGCGGAUUCAGAGAAAAAGCCAUGGAUGAUUUGUUUUGCAGGUUUGAAGAAGAUGUUCUUGAUCACAUGGAGAAGGAUAACUGCCAGUUCAUUGACCUGGUUAUCUCGUUUGUUGGAAAUUUUGGAGAUGGAUGAUGCUUUGAGUAAGAACUUGUAG